GCAAGCAAGAUUGAAACUAACUUUUAAUGUAUUAUAAAUAACAUAGUGCGCGUCAAAAUUACGAAAAUAUGAAAAUAACACUGACAUCUCAUUUUAACAUAUAUAUCUGUAGCGGGCUGGAUGUGAUGUGCCAUAUCAGGUCGAUAUGAUGUAGUUCACUACUGAAUGUAGCGUAUAAAUGUAACGCUUAAAAGUUCUCGCGUCGGAGUAACCAGUGAAUAUCCAGGAAUCAACAUCAAGAAGAACGAAAUAUUAUUUGCAUAUGUCUAUUCGUUUGCCCGACAGGAAAUCAGUCAAUGCAAUGUGAAUAUUUCAUCCGUUAUUCUACUCACUUGGGGGGUCAUCUUCUAUGAAAAGAAGAAAACAUCGAAGUCUUAGUUUUAUUUCUGUCAUCUAGCUUUGUACAAGUCCUAGUACUUUACCAAUUGUUUUACAUUUUGUUGUUAAAAUAAAAAAUAUUUCUCGGGAUUAUUCAUUAAAUAUCUGCAUACUUAUGUAUUGAUGCAAUAAAAAACAUUUUCUAUUUCAAUGUUGAUUGGUAAAGGAAAUUUGUGAGUAGAAGAAUUACACCAUGUUGAUUUUUAUAUUGUAGAAUGGAAUGUUUCAGUGGUGUCUUUUCUGAAUAAUUCUGUUUUCAUAAACUGAUUAGUGUAUUUUCUUAUGUAUUUACCUCAUUAGUCUUCUGUGACUACUUCAACAAGUAAUGCAAACUCUGUCCUUCUCUGAAGAAGGUUAUAUUAAGAUCAAAACUUCUUCAAAAUUGUCUCAUAUUUGCCAAAAUAAUUCAAACAAUAUUAGUCAUUGGCUAAUAAUGUAUUUUUUUAAAUAUUACAUUAAGUGUGUUUAGACACAGUGUUAUGUAUUACAUGAAGUGACUUCGAUUUAAAAAACGCUUUUAUGUAUAUUUAUUUGGCAUUUAGUGAGAGUGUAAACAAAUUGUAACUUUGUUGACGAUAGACAGUUGAAAGUCGUGUGAGAUUGAAUGGAAUUAUAGAUGAAAAUUGUGUUUUCAUUUCAAUUUAAAAAAUAAUAUUAAUGAAAUAGAAAAAUUAUGGCACACUACAAAAAUGCAGAAUCUAACGAAUCUGAUGAAGAACUAUAUUCUAAUAUCCCAGGUUAUGCAACUGAUAUAAAUUUCUAUCCAAAUCUCUCAGAAGAUAAAAAUGAAUAUUUCCCACCUCCUGUCAGACGAAGCGAAAGGCUCAAGAAGUUUUCAUCUGAAGAAUCCCUAAAACAUAGCAGUGACAGACAAAGGAAGCGAAAUGUAGGUAGAAACGAAGAUAUAAUAAAUAAAAAUAAUGCUGAAUCCACCCAAUCUAGUGAAGAACUGUAUCCUAAUAUCCCACGUAAAGCAGCUGGUAUAAAUCUCUAUCCAAAUCUUUCAAAAGAUAAAAAUGAACAUUCCCCAUCUUCUGUCAGACGAAACAAACGUUUCCCAAUAUACAGCAGUGAAAGACAAGGGAGGCAAAAUGUAGGUUGGAACGAAGAUAUAAAAAAUAAAAAUGUAAGAAAUAACAUUAACACAGGACAUUUUCAGUCUGGAGAGAGUGCUGUACCUCAUAAAUGGAUUUUUGGCUUAAUCACUUUGAUUUUACUUUCUUUAGGAAUGCUUUUGGGUUUUUCUAAAGGAAACGAAAAAGAAAAUGUUACAAAUAUAAAUUUUGGCAAUCUAAAAAGCAAAUUUAAAACCCAGUCAAAUCGUGUUUGGACUAUCCUGAAAGCCAGUACGAAUCACAUCAUAGCAGCAGAAGAACCUGAUAGACCAGCUGUGAUUAUGAUGGUUUUACCAAAUAAAGAAUCUGAACUUAUGGCACUUUGUCUAGCUCAACACUUGUCACAUGAUCUCAACAAAAUUCUUAAAGGGCAAGCCACAUCAGCUACUUCAUACCCUUUUAUUAAUGGUUCCAAUUUUAUAAACUAUGAAAUUAGUGAUCAAAAAUUAAAACUGGAUAAUUCCAUACAAGAUAUUAUUAAUCAAUGGAAGUCUGUGAUAAUUACUCACUUAGAGAAGUUUCAUAGCCAAACUGUAAUGUUUUUUCAUGGUAUCUGUGACACAACUGAAGCUAAGUACAAACGGAUUGCUGUAAUAUUUCUACUGGAGACUUCUUAUGGAAUAACAAAUGAAGCAGAGCUAGCAUUAUAUUUAGAGAAUUUGUGGAGUGACAUGGACCGUAUUAAAAUUAAACCUCUUCUUUCACGGCUUGCCAACAAUGUAAUAUUUUUGAACCAAGAUAAAGGUUUUACAACCUGUUUGUAAUUGCUGUUAUCCUAAUAUGUGAACAAUAAACAUAUAUAUGAAAACAUAUAAAUUGUAUAUGUAUAUGUGUAUAUAUAUUGGGUCAUCCCAUAAAUAAUGUGAAUUUUUAUACUACUUUUAUUAUACUUUGAUUUUUCAAAAUUAAGAUAAAGUUCUUUUUUCAUCUAAAA